ACGAACAGCAGUGUGACGACGAGGGCGCCGAAAGCCUUGAGCUUCCAAGCUCGUUGGCAGGCAAGUGGGAAGAGGUUUUCUCCAGCCCGGAGGAAGAGGUCAAGCCAAGCAGCAAGAGCCGUAGCGGAUCGCCCCCGCAGCAGAGAAGCGCAACGGGCAACGGGCUGAGGCGCUCCGCUCGCCGCGGGAGAGACUCGGCCAAGAAGGACGCUCCCGAGGACGUGGGUGCCGAAGAAGGGCCGUACAUCUGCUGUGAGUGCGGGGAGAGCUUCCUGGACAAGCAGCUCUUUGCCAGCCAUCAGAAAGCGCAUGCCAGCGAGGAAGCCUGCACUUCCCUGGAGCACGGAGAAAGCUUCAGGCAGAAAUCCAAAGGGACCCCUACGAAAAGCCAAGGGCCUUCCCGCUCCAAACCGUCCAAGCGUCCCGAUGGGGAGAAGAGCCCCGGGUUCAAGUACGGCUUUGUCCGGCACCAGGUGAACAACAUGGUGGAGAGACCCUACACCUGCUCCCAGUGCAAGGAGAGCUUCAGCCUGGAGGUGAGCCUUAUCCUGCACCAGAAGCUCCAUACGGGAAAGGGCGACGGGCCGCUGACGUGCACCUACUGCGGGAAGGACUUCCGAGACCUCUCCAAAGCCAUCCGCCACCAGCGUAUCCACACCGGAGAACGGCCGUACCAGUGCACCGAGUGCGGGAAGAGCUUCAUCCGGCGGGAUCACCUCCUCAAGCACUGGCGGGUUCACACCGGAGAGACCCCCUACCAGUGUCCCGUCUGCGGGAAGCACUUCCGUUACAAAGAGUCGCUGAAUUGUCACCAGAAAAUCCACUCCCGCAACCCCCGGCCCAUGGAGGAUUCGCAGCACAACCUGGAGUCGGCAACCCAAACCGGCCAUUUCUGCGUGAAAAAAGAAACUAAGCAGUAG